UUUAAAAAGCAAUUCCAAACAAAUGAAAAACAGCGUUUCAUUUUAAUUUGUAUUUGAACAUAGAAAAGUAAAACAUUCUUUUAUGUUUAUUGUAAUUUUGUAUUUCUUUCUAGUCAAGAAUUCUAUUUAAUCUAUGAAGAUUUACUUUUUCAAUUUUGUCAUUUAAUUAUGUCUUUAAGAUUUUAUAUAGUCACGGUCUCAACUUUUCAUCUUUCAUACCUGUUCCAAAAACUUGUUUACUAUUUGUAUUUUGGCUUAUGUAUUUUGAAACACACAAGUUGUAAGUGAUAAUGUAUUCAGUGUCUUUCAGCUCAGUUUUUUUAUUCUUAAAAAUGUCUUCUUAGGUUACAUAUGAUCACCUACAUUUUCUUAUAGCUCUUUUACCUUUUAUUACAUAUAUGUAAUACUAAUCCAUCACCAAUUCGAUGCAUGGUAAUUUCUUUACGAUGUGGACAUAAAGUAAAACUUCUGAUUUUUAAAUGUUUUCAUUAUAGUUGGCUACUCUUGUCAACUUUCUUAUUAGUUCUUAGCUAUUCAUAGAUAAGGUUAUUAGCUAUUCAGUUUCUCUAGAGUUUUCCAGGUAAGAAUUUAUCUGCAAUUCAGUGUAAUUUAUUUUUUAAUAGUUCAGACCUCUCAUUGCUUUUUGUUUCACUGAGAAUUUCCACGACAACGUUAGGGGGAAAAAACCCAGUGGUAAUGGUAGGAAUCCUCGUCUUGUUCAUUUUUAUAUACCUUAGAGCGUUUGGAACGCGUUCUGACAUCGAACUUCAAAUUUAUCGAAGAGAUGAGUGAUCGAAAGUUUUCUAGCGAAUUAAACAUAUUUAAUCUUCACAAAUUUGGAACGUAAACACUAUUGUCCCCAUUUCACAGAUGGAGAAAUUUGGGUUCAAGAAGGUUACACAACUUACAUAAAGUCUGAGGGCUAUUUUAAGAAAAAUCUCUCCUUGAUUCCAAGAUCUUUUCCUGUUAUGUGAACAGUGGCCACCAGGGUCCUAGAAGAAAGCUUGCUCUGGCAUCUCUGGUCUGUUCCUUCCCUUCCCCACCUUCGAACAGAAUAUUAAGAUUGCCAAGGUCCCAACAGGCACGGACAGCUGGGCUGGUUCUCCGCUGUAGCCAACGCCAACCCUGCGGCGAGGCGGGCUCUCACAGUACAAUCUACGUGAUUCCCAGGGUUUUCUAGGCGAUGGGCAGGUCAGAGUUUACAGCGUAGCUGAUGGCGCCUGCCUGUCUUGGAAGCCACCUCCCAGCCCUCAAACCGAGGGAAAGACCAGGUUCUCCGUAGCGCGCUGGUUUGCCGGUCUUCAAGGCUGAGCAGCCUCUCAGCUCCGGUCGCCUCCUGUCUGCCCCCUGCAGGCCAGCCGGUGGGACUGCUCAGGGGACGGCCGGGGCCUGGAGCCCAGGGGGCGAAGAGCGCUGGGUCGGCUUCCGCCAUUCCACAAACUGCAGGCCGGCCUCCUCGCCGCGGAGACAGCGGGCCAUGGCGCGGGUGCUGAUCGUGGGCGCAGGGCUGACAGGAAGCUUGUGCGCAGCGCUGCUGAGGAGGGAGACGGCCCGUCCUCUGCACCUCACUGUGUGGGACAAGGCCGGGGACUCAGGAGGAAGAAUGAUUACAGCCAGCAGUCCUCAUAAUUCACAGUGCACAGUCGACUUGGGUGCUCAGUACAUCACGUGCACUUCUCAUCAUGCCAAAAAACACCAAAGUUUUUAUGAUGAACUGUUAGCUCAUGGUGUUUUGAAGCCUCUGACCUCUCCUAUUGAAGGAAUGGUGAUGAAAGACGGAGAAUGUAACUUUGUGGCACCUCAAGGAGUUUCUUCAAUUAUUAAGCAUUAUUUGAAAGAAUCAGGUGCUGAUAUCUGCUUCAGACAAUGUGUAACCCAGAUCAACCUGAGAAAUGACAAGUGGGAAGUCUCUAAGGAAACGGGCUCCCCUGAGCAGUUUGAUAUUGUUGUCCUCACGAUGCCAGUUCCUCAGAUUCUGCAGCUUCAAGGUGACAUCACAAACUUAAUUAGUGAAUGCCAAAGGCAGCAACUGGAGUCUGUGAGCUACUCCUCUCGCUACGCUCUGGGCCUCUUUUAUGAAGCUGGCACGAAGAUUGAUGUCCCUUGGGCUGGGCAGUACAUCACCAGUAAUCCCUGCAUACGCUUCAUCUCCAUUGAUAAUAAGAAACGCAAUAUAGAGUCAUCGGAAAUCGGGCCUUCCCUUGUGGUUCACACGACUGUUCCAUUUGGAGUUACACACUUGGAGCACAGCACUGAGGAUGUGCAGGAGUUAAUCUUCCAGCAGCUGGAAGACAUUUUGCCAGGUUUGCCUCCACCAGUUGCUACCAAAUGCCAGAAAUGGAGACAUUCACAGGUUACAAAUGCUGCUACCAACUAUCCUGGCCAAAUGACUCUUCAUCUCAAACCUUUCCUCGUGUGUGGAGGGGAUGGAUUUACUCAGUCCAACUUUGAUGGCUGCAUCACUUCUGCCCUCUGUGUUCUGGAAGCUUUAAAGAAUCAUAUUUAGUGCCUGUAUCCUUAUUCUCUACAUUCUCCUUAUUCUCUACUUUGAAUUUUUGUUUUCACAAUUUUCUGUUAUUGAUUGUUUUGUUUUCUAUUUCAUUGAGAGAAAAUUACUGGAAGAUUGUUCUUUAUUUAUUGUCAUUUUUUUUUUUAAAGAUUUUAUUUUUUCCUUUUUCUCCCCAAAGUCCCCCGGUACAUAGUUGUGUAUUCUUCGUUGUGGGUUCUUC